ACGAGCCGCGCCAGUCGGUUCCGCGCCUCACGCGUGUGCGCAUCUUGUGUUGUGCUUUUGUCCGCGUCGCCUGCGAUCUGGCGAUCAGUUUGAGCAGUAGUAGUUCGCCGUAGAGCCUCGUGUAAAUUUAUUCGCGUCGUGGCCACGCGUCGUCGAUCGGCGUCGUUAAAUUAAACGCGCGCGCGCGGUCGUAUCGCGUUCCUUUUCGCGAUUUCCCGCACGACAGGGCGCCGGCCGAGGACGAUGAGGACGACGAGGAUGUGAGAACGGCGCACCUGGAGCGUCCCGAUCCGUGGUGCGAUGGCGCAGAAAUGGAACAAAUGAUGCGAGCUUUCGCGCGAAAUGGAACCCGUCAUCGCGGACUUAUCGGGUGACGUCGACGAGAGAAAAAGUCAACGUUAUGAAGAAAAAUGAGUAUUUUGGUGACGAAUUUCAGUAUCGAACACCCGGUCGCCCGUCCUGAGGGACACACAGACCAGAAGUAAAGAUGGCCUUUCAUUGGGAUAAGCUCUCACCAGCAGAAUUCCAACAACUUCAGGACUUGGCAGCUUAUUCCACGCGAAAACUGCAGGAUGUUCUGGCCGAGUUUUGCGGGAGCAACACGACGCCGGGCGGCGUGCCGAAAUAUCAUCCGGACGGGAUAGCGGCGGGCAGUGAUGUAAAGGACAUCGACUACGAGGGCUUCCGCAAAUUUCUGAAUUCGUACCUGGAGAUCGAGACACCGGAUGAAUUGUGUCGACAUCUUUUCCUCUCAUUCGUCAAAAAGGGCUCGCGUGGAGUGGAUGGCAAAGCCUUCAAAGAGAUGGCCGUGCUCUCCUCGACGACCGCCUGCGCCGCAAUUACGUCGCACACGACUUCCAGCAGUAACAUUAAUAGCACCGGCGUACCCGGCGGAACUUCGUCGGAAAGUCACGGCGGGUCCACGCUGGCUGAGAAAAUUCAUGGCAUCACGGAAAAACUGCAGGCGCUGGGUCAUCACAGGACGGAGAGCGAACUCUCCAGGACGCGAACAGGAAGCGUGCAUCCAAUGCUGACCGUCACACACACGUCAUACAGCUGUCACGAUGUACUAGAGAAGAAGAGCACGGACAGCAGUCCGAGUCACAGCCAAAUGUCGCGGAACUCGUCCAGGAAGUCGAACAAUUCCCUCCUCGUCAACAACGGGAAAUUGGAAGAGAUGAGACACCUUGUUAGAAAGCAGAGCACAAUAGAUGUCCAGUCCGUUAAAGUCAGCCUCAAAGACAUCGUUUGUUAUCUCUCCCUCUUGGAAGCCGGAAGACCGGAGGAUAAACUGGAAUUUAUGUUUCGGCUGUAUGAUACGGACGGCAACGGCGUCCUUGACACGAACGAGAUGGACUGCAUCGUAAAUCAAAUGAUGAAUGUCGCGGAGUACCUCGGCUGGGAUGUCACAGAGCUGAAGCCGAUCCUGCAAGAUAUGAUGAUAGAAAUCGACUACGACGCGGACGGCACGGUUUCGCUGGAGGAAUGGAAAAGAGGUGGCCUCACGACGAUCCCCCUGUUAGUUCUUUUGGGUCUGGAUUCCCACGUGAAGGAGGACGGAAACCAUCUGUGGAGACUGAAGCAUUUCAGCAAACCCGCGUAUUGCAACCUCUGUCUAAAUAUGCUGGUUGGCCUUGGCAAGAAAGGGCUUUGUUGCGUUUUUUGCAAAUACACGGUGCACGAGAGAUGCGUGCAAAGAGCGCCAGCCUCCUGCAUAGCCACCUACGUGAAAAGUAAAAAGACAUCGCAGACGAUGGUACAUCAUUGGGUCGAGGGGAAUUGUCACGGGAAGUGCUCCAAGUGCAGAAAGACGAUCAAGAGUUACAAUGGCAUCACCGGCUUGCACUGCAGAUGGUGCCAAUUAACUCUGCAUAAUAGAUGUGCGUCGCAAGUACGAGCGGAAUGUACGCUCGGCGAGCAUGCGGUGCACAUCCUUCCACCUACAGCGAUCUGUCCCGUGGUGCUCGACAGACAAAGAUCGUUAUCGAGGGACAGCAAACGAGGUAGCAAACACGGUCAGGACACCUCAUCGGCCAGUUCCGGUGGUUUCCUGAGUUGCGGCACCUCGUCGAGCCAGCAGCCGGCAAUGUCCUUUCAAAUUACGCCACCGGAUAACACGAUGCCGCUCUUGGUAUUCAUAAAUCCGAAAUCGGGAGGCCGACAAGGGGAGCGAAUGUUGCGGAAAUUUCAAUACAUUCUGAACCCACGGCAGGUCCACAAUUUAGCGAUCGGCGGGCCUAUGCAGGGUCUGCAACUGUUCAAGGACGUGGAGAAUUUUAAGGUGAUUUGUUGCGGCGGCGAUGGAACGGUCGGCUGGGUUUUGGAAACCAUGGAUCGCGUGAAUUUCGAGAAACAACCCGCCGUUGGCGUUAUACCUCUCGGCACUGGCAACGAUCUCGCCAGGUGCUUACGCUGGGGCGGCGGUUACGAAGGGGAAGCGGUGCACAAAGUGCUUAAGAAAAUAGAGAAGGCGACGCAGGUGAUGAUGGAUCGCUGGCAAAUAGACGUUCAAGAUCAGACGGACGAGAAGAAACCGAAUCAGGACUGUAUACCGUACAAUAUUAUUAACAAUUACUUCUCGGUGGGCGUCGACGCGGCUAUUUGCGUGAAAUUCCACAUGGAGAGGGAGAAGAAUCCGGAGAAGUUUAACAGCAGAAUGAAGAACAAGCUGUGGUAUUUCGAAUACGCAACCACGGAGCAGUUCGCUGCCAGCUGUAAAAACCUUCACGAGGAUCUCGAAAUAAUCUGCGACGGCACACCUCUGGAUUUGGCGCACGGGCCAUCUCUGCAAGGAGUCGCAUUGCUGAACAUUCCUUUCACUCACGGGGGCUCGAAUCUCUGGGGCGAGCAUCACACGCGGAAUCGGCUCGGUAAACGGAAAAAGCGACCCGACAAAGAACUCAGCACGAGUAGCUUCAAUUCCGUGGAUCUCACCGUCGCUAUUCAAGACAUCGGGGACAAUCUCAUAGAGGUAAUCGGUCUGGAGAACUGCUUGCAUAUGGGUCAAGUGAAGACGGGACUUCGACAUUCCGGCAGAAGGCUGGCUCAGUGCAGUAGCGUCACUAUCACCACGAGUAAGCGAUUCCCCAUGCAGAUCGAUGGCGAACCCUGGAUGCAGGGCCCGUGCACGAUUCGUAUCACGCACAAAAAUCAAGUACCAAUGCUGAUGGCACCGCCGCCGGACAAAAGCAAAGUUUUCCGGUUUUUAAGGAGGUGAACGCGGCGGCUUUACGCUUCUACCGUGGCAGGAUGGAUGCUAUCGAGUGUAAAGAAUCAAUUCCACAUUGUCUCUACCCAGUCUUGUCAUCGUCCGGCACAUUUAUUCCUCUUUGUUACGGGAAUAUAUCGGUACCAUCGUACGUAGUCGCAAGCUUCGAUACUCGUCUAAACGCGAAGAACGCGAGCGUAAAAUGCGCCUUAGGUAUUCUUGUGUACAGUAUUUUUCAAAGUAAACGGGAUUUCAUGUCCUAGUCUUAGAUACGCCAAGCGAUAGGCUCGACCAUCUUGAACGCUAGUAACUUCCGAUCAUUCUUUUCUUCUUUUUUUGGUAAUCUCAAAAAAGUAAGAACACCGAGCGGAAAAGUAUCUGUCGUACGAUACGCCGUAGCAGCUCUAUCGCUUAACUUGUCUUUCCGCCGCAAGUCGAUGGAUUUCAUUUCAAUUCGCGAUUGAAGUAUUUUCCAGAUUUAGCGGGACAAAACUCGUUUGCAAAGAUGUCGUCUUUCCAGUUAAAAGUCACAGAUCGCUUCGCGCGAGCGCCAAUCGUCCAGCGAGAGCUUCCGCAUUUUCCGAAUUUUCAGUCCGUCGCUUCUUGCGAGCACGGAGCAACGGGCGCAUGUAUUUACGCAACAAAUAGAACAAGAAUAACACGUUGACACGGCGAAUUGUGCGGCGUCGUGCAAACGAGAGUGGAGUUGUGACAACCGCUUCAAACUCAGCGCGGACAUGCGGACAUGAUAUCUUUCGAGAUCCAUCGCCGAACAAUUAGCACUUCUAGCGUAGAGAGAAUGAGCAAACAGAGAGACGGGCUGGACUGGCCGACAUUUUCGCUUGUGAUAUGUGAUAUAUUCCUAAUUCUGGUUCUCCUUUGCACGAAUCCGUCCGUCAAUCACGCGUCACAUACUUUCCUCUAUUUAACUCUAGAUUUUUUGUACCAAAGCUUAGUGGUAAAAAGAAUGAACGCUUAGAGAUAAAUUACGGACUUAUUUAUUUAUUUAUUCGAUGUAUUUAUUUCUAUUUAUUUUUCAUAUAUACUUUACAUCUAAGUCAGAGCAAUAUAUCAUAAGCAUAUCAACGAGCGAGUACGAUUGCGUAGCGCGUUGUAAUGUUUAGUUGUUAAAAUAUAUUGUGAGAGAUCAUGCGAUCGAUGGGUAUCGUUUCAUCCCAAGAUUGUAAUCGUCGAUAGUAAAUGUAUAUAUAUGUAACUUGCGUCUCUUUGUAUCUCUCUUGUUAUUUUUAAUAAUUACAAUUGUUUCAAUUGUUUCCGCACUUCGUGCUUUUAGAGAAUUAUAACUAAAUUUUUUUAUAAAUCCGUUAAUAUACGUUCUCUUAUUACACAAGUCCCUUAUAUCUUACAUUUUACUAUGCCAAUUUUAAGUAUAAAGAAUGCUUUCUUUCCCGCUAUUGUUACUUCGAUUCAAGCUUCGUAUAUCAAUGAUGAUUGAUUCUAUAUCAUUUCUCAAGAUUUCCGUAUAAAUGCUAAGAAAGGACGUAGCCGACAUAGUUAUUAUAAGUGUAUCGUCUAUUGAAUCGUAUAAAUUCUAUUUCCUUGCACUUGUUAAACACGUUUUGUUGAUAUGAAAAGUCCGAGAUAUCAAUUCCGAAGCUCUAAUUGUAGUAAAAAUGGAACUUUAUGCUUUUGUAAUUAUAUAUAUAUAUACGCCACCCAAAGAAAUAUAAUAUACGAAUACAAUUUAAAAUCCCGCAGGGACCAUCUCGAUAUAAACGCAUGUAACAAUAAAAAGAGAAUGAUCUUAAAUUUUCAUAUCUCCGUGCAGACCGAGAUUUUAAUCUUUUGUAACGUUUAAAUCGAAGUUUUUGCAGCAUAUCUCACACGCGACUAUUUAGAUUUUACUUUAUGUGUUUCCUACGCGAAAUAGAUCAAAGAACAGUACGUGAGAGCUAAUUGAUUUUAGACAAAAAAAAAUACAAGAGUAGAAAUAGCAUAGUUUAAUAUAAUUCCAAUAAUUUAAUAAUAAUUCAAAGCGUUACAACGUUAUCUCUGCAAACUAAAUGGUUUAGCUUCUCUCCGUGCACCGAUCGCUCAUGGUCGUCAUUGUUUUUUUACCGUAAUUGCGCAUAAUUUCCGUGACGAUUAAUGCGGUUAGCCACUAGAGAAUCGAAAUACUACGCUUAUAAAUAAAAGUUGUAAUCGAGAAAAAAAUCUUAAAGGUUUCGUUACCUACUAGCGAUCGAGCUCUAGAGGAAACGAAAAACGGCGAGGAUGAAAAAUCGCAUCGCGAGGACAAACGGAAGUCUAUCCUUGCGGUUCUACGUCCCUUCGAUCUGUGAAUACUAACGGCACAAUAACGACGAUAUUGUUUUUCUAUUGGAUUGGCGCAGUGUCUCAGUGUGCUUUGUCAUUGUGUAACAUUAUAUGAUACGGAAAGACCCAAAAAUUACUUGUUAUGCGGCAGUACGAGAAAAUGUAAGACAUUCGCUUGAACGACGAGGACUUAUUGGAAAAUUCAGGCGCACAGUUUGCGGCAACGAGAGCCGAUACUGUGCGCCGGUAAUAUUCCAAGAAGAGCCUCGCGUUUAGUCUCAAAAACAUUUAGCUAUUUUGUCGUAACGAAAGCACACGCAAUUGCGAAACGUGAAUCGGAUAUAAAAUCAGAAUUUUUAUUAUAUAAUUAUAAUUUUGUAUUAUAUAAUUUUUAUUAUAGAGGGAAUAUCUUCAAUUUCUAUGUUAAGACAUUAUAGAGUUAAUAACAAAUUUUGAAUAAAUAUUACCUUUUUAUUAUUUUUUACUAGUAGUUACUUGUUUUUACUUGAUGAAAAAUUUUUAUAUAUUGAUUUUUUUUUAUUUAUUGUAGCAUUAAAUAGAAAGUAUUCUUGUGAUUUCCUUUUAAUGCUUCUACUUUUCACAUGAAUGUAAAGACCAUGAAUAUAAAGACCAUGACUUAUGAAUAUUUUGAAUUGCUAAUAAUUAUAUUGAUAAUUUUGUAUUGCUAAUAAUUGAUGCUAAUUAAAUUAAUAAUCAAGUUGAUUCGACAUAGAAUAUAGUAUAUUAUAGAGUAUAGUAUAUAUAUUACAAUCCGAUUCACUUUUCUGCUCUCGCUUUCGAUGGAUAUACGUGAUUCGUGGCGAUGUCCGGAACGUAUAUGUGUAGUCAUUAAGCGCUACGAGUAUCCGACAUUAGCUGAAUUUACUGCCACCUUUUUUUGGGUCUACGUACGUUUGAGCACUACUGCCAUUUUCCAAAGGAUAGACACGUGAAUGAAAAAGCCUGUUUCUCUCUAUAGUGUAAUAUAAUAUAAGAAAUAAAGUGUAAAUUUAUCGCGUA